ACUUCCGCUUCCUGUAGAGGGGGCGUGAACAAAAGGAAUUUUUUUACCGCGUGCGCCCUGGCGCUGUGUUUACCGCUACAGUUAAAACACUACGAUAAUAUUUCAUCUUAAAAAUGGAGACAUUUAACAUGCUGCUGUUGGAGUACCCCCAGUUAAUGUACGGCGGGGUUGGAGCUACGGCGUUUAUUGCAGGCGGAGCGCUGAUCUACAAACUAGCUUCUAGGAAGAAGCCCGCUCAUGCAAAUGUAAACUGCUGGUUCUGCAGUCAGAACACAGUGGUGCCUUAUGGAAACAGGAACUGCUGGGAUUGUCCUAACUGUGACCAGUACAAUGGCUUCCAAGAGAAUGGAGAUUACAACAAACCCAUCCCAGCUCAGUACAUGGAGCAUCUUAACCAUGGCGUAUCUGGAAGCGUUCCUUCAUCUGAGACACCGAAGACUCUGCAGUGGGUUAACUGUCAAAUGCUGCUGUGCAGGAAGUGCAAUAAUAACCAGACUGUGAAAAUCAAGCAGUUGGCUUCGUAUGUUCCCAGGGAUGACGACAAUUACGAUGAGGAAAUUGAUGCCUACAAGCAUCACCUGGAGCAGACUUUUAAGUUAUGCAGACCAUGUCAGACUGCGGUGGAAUAUUACAUAAAAUAUCAAAACCGCCAGCUUCGUACGAGGCUCCUAACCCACCAGCUCCGGCGCUCCCGAGAAUCGGACUCGGGGUUUGUGAAGAGCUCCCAUUCUCUGUCCUCACCCACCGGAGUCGUGCUGUUACGGGCCCUGGCCUUCCUGAUUUGUGCUUUCCUUCUCACUACGUUUGUCUAUAAAUUGCCAGAACAGCCUCUCUCUCCAAAUGGGCCUCAGACCUUAAGUGGGGGCGUCGUUCCGCCAAAGCCAAAAUCCAGCAAUGAGUCCACUGCCAGCAACGCCACAGAUUUGCCCGUGUGGCAGGGUCUGCUGGACUUCAUCCCAGAAAAGGCUGUUGAAAACGCCAAGCUAGUCUGGCAGCACGGCAGGGACAACCAGCUGGCGAUAGUGUCCGUGGGCCUGAUGACUUGUCUCACGGCUAUUUUCUUAGCCGGACCGAUGCGGUUGAGGAGAAUCGACGCUAUGGCCUCUGUCCUGUGGUUUGUCGUCUUGUGCCUCUGCCUGGCUGAGAGCUACUUGACCGACACGCCGAGCUGGAUGGACUCAGUGAAGCUUGUUAGCGUCUCCCUCUGUUGCCUCGUCGGCCUCGCUGCCGCCGCCGCGACUCACAAGCCACUGGGUCAGCGAAGAGCCAGAUAUCGAAGAUACCUUUCAGGCAGCUCUGCAGUCCCACCCUUCAGCAGCCAGCCUCCUCCCUUCCACCCACCCGACAUGGCAGACGACUUCAUCCUCACCCCACCCCCCAACAUUUCUGAGCUUAUCAGCCGCCAGCACGGACCUCGCGAGCGCAAAGCGUCCCCCUCCACUCUGCCCGGGCGCCUCAGCAGAGCCCUCUGCCUCGGGACGGUCCCCUCCCUCACAAGGACAGGUUCUGGCUAUCUUUUUAGUGGUAGUAGACCUGGCUCACAAUACAAAGACUCACCAUCAUCAGAUUACUUUUCUCUGAAGUCCGGAAGCCGCCCAUCAUCCCCGGCCCCCUCUCCGACCCCCUCAGUGGCCGGGUCGGCCACGUCCAGUUCUGGUUCGGCCAGACAGCGCCGCCCCCUCAUCAGUCCGGCUCGCCUCAACAUCACCGGCCAGAAGCUCCGUCUUUUUUCCAGCGAAGCAGAUCCGAAGCUCGUUUCCCCACCUUUGUCCUUGUUUCCUUUUUGCGUGGAGCCGACACCUUCAAUUUACAGCGGCUGCUUCCCACGAGACGUCUCUCCUUUCCAAAGUCAUAACGAUUUAAGUUGCUUACUGAGAGAUGGAAGUGUGAUAGAAGAAGAGGAGAAGCAAAGCAGCUCCUCGGCGUCCUCCGCCUGCCAGGUUGGAACAACAAGUCCUGAGAGCUUCUCUCCUCAGAAAGGUUUUGUGAAACACUUGAUCUUACCCUCGGUGUUAUUGACGAGCCUGACUGCCAACCUGUUGUUCGGCUGCUUCUAUCUCUACCACAACUGGGGCUGAAGCCUCAGCGAGUCCGCUGCUGGUUUUCUCAUGAACUUUACAGAGAGACUGAGCCUCUGGACCUGUUUUUUUUAUGUCUCUGGCCUCCAAUACCAGAACCCUCCCUCCACCCCACCAUCUGCUGGCGUUUGACUUAAAAACACAGCAGAUUUCAGCAAGACACGUUUCAGUUCGAGUAAGACCUCCUGUUUUGUCUAGAUUGAAAUAAGAGAGCAGGAACAAAUUGGCCGACGGUGUGUCAGAACCCACAUUUGGACGUGCGCUACAUGCACGAUUGAGCCGAUGCUGAUUGGCCGCCGAGGGGGUCACGUGUAGCCUGCUGGCCGUGAUUGUGAUCGGGUGUCUUUCAUUAGCAGAAACUCUUUUCUGGUUCUCUGUCAAAAUGAAGGGGCACGCUUUGUUCCUGAGAUGAAACAUGUUCUGUUUUGAAAUGUGAAGAUAUGUGGUGUUGAUGUGUGUUGUUGUGUACGUUCAGCUGCAAAACGGUUCACUGGUGCUCUGUCGUUAACUUUGCCUAAUGCAAAGGUUGCAUUUAUUCACUACUGAAAAGGUUCUCAGAACAAUAAAGUAUCUUUGUUUAUAUUUAUUUAUCCAGUCAACCAUUAGCACCAUCAAGAAGAAUAUCUUUUUUAUUAUUAUUAGUAUUUAGUCAUUGCAAGUUUGCUUGGACUGUUAGAGUUGACUAUUUAGUUCUUGGACUUUGUGGGUUUAAAAUCGUGUAACAUGAGUGCAAGUGUUUUGGUAAACUUUGUGUGAAUGUUGAUUUGAUGUAAGUUACACUUGUGAAAAUUGUAUAGGACAUUUUUUGUUUUUUUGGUGUAAAUCGGGACUAUUUUGGUUUUAUUUAAUUUUUUGCUGUGACUUUUUUUUUUUAGACAAAUGAUGCUAAUUAGAAUUUUUAAUUCAUCCUUUUUUAAGUGAUUUGUACCAAUGUAAAACAAAAAACUGCUACUGUAAGGUCUCUGAAUGUUUAAUGACAGAUGCAUGAAGCUCUCAUUGGGCAGCCUUUGGUUUUUCAACGUACUGUACACUGAGCGUAGCUACGCAUUUAUCCUUGAAGUGUGACGGGCUUACGUUUGAAAUCAUGGUUAAACAGAAAUUAAAUUUUCUACUCCAACAAGAUUAACCUCACAGAGAAAAAAAUAAUAAUUUUAUUUGAUUCAAAAUGGGUUUUUUUUCCUAAUUGGUAAAAUGUUGUUUUCUUUGGACUUCACUAGUGCUAAAUCAGAGACAUUGAUGAAAUGAAGUUGUCUGUUUACAUCAGUGGUUUGAAGGUUUGUGUUACUCUGGUAUCAUAUUCAUCGGUACCAGGGCUGUUUUUAAAUAAAUGUAUUUUUUUGUAACUCAA